UACAACCAUCAGAAGCAAGUAACGAUAAUACAGCAAGUGAUGAUAAUGCAGCAACAAUAACUGAUGUCCAUGCUACAAAUGAAAACGGUGCCACAGCUGUAGAUGGUGCCACACCAGAUGUACAACCAUCAGAAGCAAGUAACGAUAAUACAGCAGAAACAACUGAUGUACAUGCUACAGAGGUGAAUGUUUUCACUGUCGACGAAAUGGCAUCAGGAUCAAGUACGGAUUCAAGUAACGAUAAUACAGAGGCAAUUGCAGAUUCCCAUACUAUAAUUAACGAUAAUGGUGAAAUAUCCGACGUACAUCCAUCAGAAUCAAGCAAUGAUAACACAGCAGCAACCCCAGAUACAUUUGCUUCAAAUAUAAAUAGUGCCACAGUUGACGAAAUGUCAUCAGGAUCAAGUUAUGAAAAUACAGAAGCGAUAACAGAUUACCAUGUUACAAAUGAAAAUGGUGGUAUGACCGAUAUACAUCCAUCAGAAGCAAGCAAUGAUAAUACAGCAGCAACAUUAGAUAUUCAAGCUACAAAUGAGAAUGAUGUCACAGGUGACGGAAUGGUAUCAGGAUCGAGUGAUGAUAAUACAGAAGCAAUAACAGACUCCUAUGCUACAAAUUCAAAUGAUGGCAUAACCGAAGCACAGCCUUCAGAAGCAAACAAUGAUAAUACAGCAGCAACACUAGAUAUUCAAGCUACAAAUGAAAAUGGAGUCACAGGUGACGGAAUGGUAUCAGAAUCGAGUGAUGAUAAUACAGAAGCAAUAACAGACUCCUAUGCUACAAAUUCAAAUGAUGGCAUAACCGAAGCACAGCCCUCAGAAGCAAGCAAUGAUAAUACAGCAGCAACACUAGAUAUUCAAGCUACAAAUGAAAAUGGAUUCACAGGUGACGGAAUGGUAUCAGAAUCGAGUGAUGAUAAUACAGAAGCAAUAACAGACUCCUAUGCUACAAAUUCAAAUGAUGGCAUAACCGAAGCACACCCAUCAGAAGCAAGCAAUGAUAAUACAGCAGCAACACUAGAUAUUCAAGCUACAAAUGAGAAUGGUGUCACAGGUGACGGAAUG